AUGACUGCAUCACAUCUGGGGAAAGGCAACACAAAGAUGCGUCACUUCAUCAAGAGCCGUGUCUUCCCUCGUCGUUUCGGCCACAGAAACGGUGAUGGCUCUGGCUCUCGGGCAAAAGAACCGACAGCCAACCCCCAGACCAGCCUGCAGCCAAGCGAGCAUUCUGGGGCUGAUGCCGGAGGCGAGGUCACAGAGUCUUCCACUAGCAACCCCCACGAGUCACACACUCAUGAUCAUGGCAAAUCCUCUCAGUCGCUGUCCGGUAUGCAGGAAACGGUGCCGAACCCCGCAAGUCAUCAGCACGGCCUGCAGCUAACCUUCGAGGGGCUCCCACCUGAAAUCCGCCUGAGGAUCUUCGAGUUUGGGCUCGGCAUAGAGGACCUGCGUGCAGCAGUACGUGCCUCGCCGUCUCUACACCGACAGUACCUGGACGCUGACCGCAGGCGGAUGCUACAAACCGCUCUUGAUACAUCCCUAGGGCCUGCUUUCAUUGCUAUGUGGGCUGUCCACGCUACUAGCAAUUCAAAUGUCGACUUAUUAAGGCCGUCCAUCGAGAUAGAGAGUGAAAGAAUCGUUAAGUUCAUGACAAAGUUCCUAGAUCUUCAAAGGUCAUGGGCUCAAGGAGCGUUGCUCAGUGAACACUUUCGCGAGAGCGAUCUCGUGGAAAUGAGCAGAUACUAUUUGUCGACAGUGAAGCCGGUGGUUGCCUAUUUCUCCGACCUUUUUCUUGGCAACCUUUGCCAACAAUUGGAUCAAGGGCCCGAGAGCAUCCUUUCUUCAUCUUCCGCAUUCGACUCGUCCUCUGACAACACGGAUGGUGAUUCCACGAACUCUUGGCAGACACCCUAUAAAUAUGGAGAGCACGUGGAUGGUUGCGCACCACAAGAUGAAGCUACUCUUGACGCGGGCCGCGAAGUAUACCUCCAAAGACCCCCGAGCAGUUCUGAAGCCGUUCGUAUAGUCCGGGCACUUUACCACGUUCAGAUGUGGUGCAACAUCUUCGGCUACGGCGCGGACCCAGAUAAAGAGCCUGCGUCUGUUCCCCCGGAAGAGGUACCAUGCAUGUUCCAUGAGACUUUUGAGCCGUGGGAGGUCGAGGAAAUGUUAUGUAUCUUCCAGCACAUGAAAAGCGUGAUCAACGAUCUUUUUCACGAAAUGAGAGACGAUCUGUUACGUUAUGACGAGCAGCACAGAGGAGAGAUCCCCUUUUUCACAUCUCACUGCAUGGAUAUUCGAGAUUAUGAUGUUCACAUACAGUGUUUCAUACAGAGUACAGUCUCCAGGGGCCUACCGUACUUUCUCAAAUUUCUCGCGAUACCAGAAGGCGACCGAGAUGCCCGGCUCAGACCGGUGGUAGACAACGUCGGUAGAUGGCUUCUCAAGGAGAUGUUAGUAUCAUCAACCUCCUUUAACUUCGAGCGGCGCGAUCUACAUCCCUCUCCGAACGAUGUGCGCGAAAAAGAGCAGGUGCCUCUGCUAUUCCUGGGUGACUCCUUCGACACCAAGCUGGGACCUCCUUUUGGCUGGUGCCUGAUGUGGAGGGGGACCUAUAGUAACAGAUAUGGCGAUGAUAUCCCGGACAAAUUAAGACAUUGGGGCUAUGUAUUCUGGGAUAGGGAGCGGGUAAUUGGUAGCACAGCUAGGCGGCUUUUGCUGCAUACCUGGAGAGACCAGCAUUGGGAAGAUCCAAGAAAUUUUCCCUUUUGA